GUCGUCAAUGUUUCCGGCCGAGCGAAAUGAGCACGGGAUUUCUUUCCUGCACGUUACACGCGCGUACGCAGACUGAACUAAACAACAAUUGAAUAAAGCAGCUAUCCCGAAACUACUAAACUACCAUGGAGACGAUUUUAGAGCAGCAGCGUCGGUACCACGAGGAGAAAGAGAGACUGAUGGACGCCAAAACGAAGGAGAUGCUAACGAAAAAAACCACGCUGAGAGACCAGAUCAACUCCGAUCAUCGAGUGAGAGCUAUGCUGGAUAGAUACAUGGAAGUGAGCGCAAACCUCAGAGACUUGUACGAAGACAAAGACGGUAUGAGGAAGGAUGAGCUGAAUGCAAUAUCGGGACCCAACGAGUUCGCUGAGUUCUACAACCGACUCAAAGUGAUCAAGGAGUUCCACAGAAAACACCCUAACGAGAUCUGUGUGCCCAUGUCAGUGGAGUUUGAAGAGCUCAUGAAAGCCAAAGACAACCCCAGUGAGGAGGCACAAAAUCUGGUGGAGUUCACUGAUGAAGAGGGUUACGGACGCUACCUGGAUCUCCACGACUGCUACCUGAAGUACAUUAAUCUUAAAGGAGUGGAGAAACUGGAGUAUGUCACUUAUCUGUCAACAUUCGAUCAGCUCUUUGACAUCUCUAAAGACAGGAAGAAUGCAGAGUAUAAGAAGUAUCUGGAGAUGUUGCUGGAGUACCUGCAGGAAUACACGGAUCGGGUCAAGCCUCUGCUGGAUCAGAAUGAGCUCUAUGGAAAGAUCUUGGCAGAGUUUGAGAAGAAGUGGGAGAGUGGGAUGUUUCCAGGCUGGCCGAAAGAGACGAGUAGUGCUCUGACUCACGCUGGAGCCCAUCUGGAUCUGUCUGCAUUCUCUUCCUGGGAGGAGCUGGCGUCUCUGGGUCUGGACAGAUUGAAGUCUGCUCUCAUGGCUUUAGGUCUCAAAUGUGGAGGCACACUAGAAGAGAGAGCCCAGCGUCUGUUCAGCACUAAAGGCAAAUCCUUGGAGGCACUGGACCCCUCACUGUUUGCCAAAAACCCAAAAGCCAAGGGACCAAAGAAAGACUCGGAGCGCAACAAGGAAUCUGCUUUUCUUGAAGCUCAGAUUUAUGAAUAUGUGGAGAUCCUGGGGGAGCAAAGGCAGCUGACCCAUGAGAACGUCCAGAGGAAGCAGGCGCGCACAGGAGAGGAGCGUGACGAGGAAGAUGAAGAGCAGCCCAGCGAGAGCGAGAGUGAAGACGAAGAUAAUGAGAUCAUAUACAACCCCAAAAACCUGCCGCUCGGCUGGGACGGAAAGCCGAUUCCAUACUGGCUGUACAAGCUGCACGGCCUGAACAUCAAUUACAACUGUGAGAUCUGUGGCAACUACACGUACAGAGGACCCAAAGCCUUCCAGAGACACUUUGCAGAGUGGCGUCACGCUCAUGGCAUGCGCUGUCUGGGCAUUCCUAACACAGCCCACUUUGCCAACGUUACUCAGAUUGAGGAUGCAGUAUCCCUCUGGUCAAAGCUGAAGUCACAGAAAGCAUUAGAGCGCUGGCAGCCAGACACCGAGGAGGAAUAUGAAGACUCCAGUGGAAACGUGGUCAACAAGAAGACUUAUGAGGAUCUGAAACGCCAGGGGCUUCUGUAGCACCACAAACAAGAUCUCUGAACACACAAAAUACUCGCAGUGUAAAUACUGAGGCAGAAAUGUGAUAAGUUUAGUCCUCUUGUCUUUUCCAGUUUGUGAGAAAUAUGAUUGGUCUUUUUGAAAGCGAUCAGUUUGUACAUUUUUAUUACUAUUUGAUUAUUCCCAAUUUUUCUCAUUUGGUGUCUUAAAUAUGAGACUUUCAUUAAUCAAUAAAUUGUAGUACAUUGUGUGAAAAAUGAUUACUUGUGCAGCAUGUUGUUUUUAACCAGUCUGGAGACUUUUAGGCCUGCUGCACAAUAAAAUCAAACCGUGAGAUGGUUUUACUUCAGUGGGCAUCUGUCAUUUCACAAAAAAAUAUUCUGACCCCUUCGUUUUUCCCAACAUUUUAUGUUGCAGCCUCCACAUCAGUCUACACUCCAUACAUCAUAAUGACAAAGCAAAAUCAGAUGUGUGAUGACUGCAAAUGAAAAAGGAAAGACUAUUAAA